UCAGAAGGAAUGGAGGCCAAUAGCCGCUUUCGGUUUUGACCGGAAGGCUAGGCAGUGGGUCUCUCGAGUGGUGAUGACGUCAUCAGAGGCUGUUGUCAAGCAUGCGUGGCCAGGGGGGCAGCGCCUUGGGUCCCGGACCAGAGUCCCGCUGCAGACCACACAGAGGCAAGCGAGCGCCGGGCACCAGAAGGGCCAAGGAGCCAGAGGAGUUCGGCACUGGGUUGCAGAGUUCCAAAAGCAAAUAUGAGGAGUCAUCGAGUGAUUCUUCUUCAGCCUCCUCCAAAGGGCUGAGCGGUGGGAAUCCAGAAUCUGGGAGCAAUGGAGCCAUCCGCAGGCCGAACUACUGGUUGGAGAUGAGAGGGAUAAAGCCCACCCAAAACAAGGCUGUGGAGAAGAAAGCUGGAGAUUCCAUGUCCAAGGGGAAGCACCAACUGGAACAUGAGGGCACCGAAGAAUAUGAGUUUUCUGGGAAGAAGCAGAAAGUGUCUGGAAAAGAGCAGCAAGUGGGGAGACAGCCUCAUCUCAAGCCCAAAAGCUGCCGUAUCAAAAAAGACCCGCCAACAUAUGCAGCAGGCAGUCCAGAGGAGCGGUGGCACUUGGAGAUUCUGGAUAAGGGCCGUGUCACCUGCCCAACCUGCAGAGCUGUAGUAAGGAAAACAGUCGAAGGACUGAAAAAGCAUAUGACCAACUGCCAGCAAGAGGUGUUCACAUGCCACCACUGUGGGAAACAGCUGCGGUCUCUGGCAGGAAUGAAGUACCACAUCAUGGCAGACCAUAAUAGCCUGGCUGUGGCGAAGGCUGGGGGCCAGAUGGAUGAGCAGAGCGAGAGGGAUCGCCUGCGGAAAGUGCUGAAGCGAAUGGGGAAGCUCAAGUGCACGAGAGAGGGCUGCGCAGGCAGCUUCACCAGCAUCAUGGGUUACCUCUACCAUGCCCAGAAGUGUGGGAAGGCAGCUGCCGAACUGGAGAAGCUGGCUCUCAAGUGCCACCAUUGCAGCAAAGGUUAUAAGUCUAAGGCUGGCAUCCUUUACCACUUGAAGUCUGAACACGGACCGGUGACUUUUCUCUGUGAAGAAGGCAGGCCCAGUCGCCAGAAGGAAGUGGAUACAGAGCCAAAUGGUGGAGGCAGAGUGCAAAGGAAAUCGGCAAAGGUGGCUGCGUAUUACUUGCAUGAGCUUGCCAAUGAGGAGCUGGUCAAGGAAUGGCCAAAGAGGAAAGUCCUGCAGGAUCUUGUUCCUGAUGACCGGAAGCUGAAGUACACUCGGCCAGGGCUGCCCACUGUUAGCCAGGAGGUUCUGUGCAAGUGGAAAUCAGAGAUAAAGAUGUACCGACGCAUCCACUGUCCCAACCAGGGUUGUGAGUGUGUCUACAGCAGCAUCUCAGGACUCAAGUCCCACCUGGGGAGUUGCACCCUGGGUGAAUUUGUGGCUGGCAAGUACAAGUGUCUGUUGUGUGAGAAGGAAUUUGUGUCUGAGAGUGGAGUCAAAUACCACAUUAACACGGUGCAUGCAGAGGACUGGUUUGACGUUAACACAAAUACUACCAAGAGCUUUGAGAAGCUGAUGAAGCUACAGCAGAAAGGAGCGGAACAGAAGAGGCAGCGCAAGAAACAUCUCUCAAGCCGCAGCCGUAAGAGGAGGCUUAGGACUGUCUCUCCCAAGAAGUCCCCCAGGUCAGGCACAGAGCAGAACCAGCUGAGAGGGAAGGCAGGCCGCUCUCAUCUGGCAGACAGUGAAAGCAGGAGCAGCGAAGAAGAUGAUGCCAGCCACCCUCUGAAACUCAGUCACAAAAAGGGAAGGAAAUAAUCACCAGCAGCAGCCCUCAGGGGGAAUUAGCAGAGUAGGUUGCAUCGUGUAGGUCAAGUAGGGGAGAGCAGGGCAUCAGGAAAGGGGAGCCAGGAAGUGGCUAUACAUUUUUUAUUUCCUGGAUCACAUUUGGCUCCAUUAAUUAGUUGUGUAAGAGGCUCAUGCUGCAGUCCUCUGGACAGUUAGAAGGGCAUAAGCCCCACUGAGCUUCAUGGGAUUUACUUCUAAGUCAACGUGCACACCUUUGAUCUUUCUCUCCCCCCCCCCCCCGAAAGAAUUCUGGCUGCUGGUUCAUUUUGCCAGCUGCUUGAACAGUCUUAAGGGGUGGAAUUUCCUUCUGUGGCUUCUCUGUGACUGCGAGACUUUGUAGCUGUUGGCUUCUUAGUUGUAUAAAAUGCCUCUUUUUCUGGUACUGGAUCACCGGGAUAGGGUGGGAGGGGUGGGGAGGAGAAAUUAGAACCUUUGCUAUUUUCUGGGUGUCAGUUUGGAUUUGGCACUCAUGGAAUAAGGAAGGGGAGGAUGAGAGGGUGCAAAGGAGAGAUACAGGGUCAUCAGAAUUGUGUUCUUCAAGCAAACGCAGGAGCAAGGCCUGUCAAUGGCAGUAAACCUCUGAAACCCCAGGGCUAGGAGGCAAUAUCAGAGAAGUCCUUAUUCUCUGUGUGCCCUUCAUUGGCCUCCCAGGGCAACUGGUCGGCUGCUGUGUGAAACAGGAUGUUGAUUGAGAUAGAUCACUGCUGGAUCCAGCAGGGCUCUUCUUCCACUCUUAUGCCAAAGGACAUUACCGGGGAUGGGGCAGCCGCAUUGCAUGCUGGGCCCUGUUGCAAAGUACCGAGCGGCACGAAGAGACUGGACGAUUCUACCUUUGUAGGCAACAAAUGGUUGCCAAUCUGUCUUGUUUUCUUGCUGGUCUUGUGAGGCGUCUCAGCUGAAAUGACAAUAUUAAGUCAUAUUGGGGCAGCAUGUCUUUGUUCACACAUGGGAGUAUUCAUGGUACUCAUUGCCACAAACUUGGUUCACGGGCUGCGAAUUAGAGAGUUUUGAAAUGGCAUUGAAAUUUCCAAAAGCUAGUCUAGGAGUGGCUGUGAUCCCUGACAGCUGAAUGUAACGUCCUUUUCAGAGGCAGGGGUGACACUCUCCUAUCACAAUGCCUUUAGGAGCUUUCCUAGGGCCAUCUGGAUGGCUGUUGCUCAAGAGUGGGUUUUGUUUGUUAAAAGCAUAAUACAGUCAUAAUAUUUAAUACAUUCUAAGUAUACAAAUUUAGAUAGUAUCUUUUUAACAAAUCAAUAAAAGAUUUCCAGAACAGCAAAAAAGGUCUCUGUUUUCCCCUCCUCCAUGCAAUUUCUCACCUGAAUAUUCUGUCGAUUUCUGCCACAUCCUAGAUCUUAAUAAACCAUUCUUUAAGUGAUAGUCUUUUUGAAGAGCACCAUUUAGUUGCCGUAAGAAUUUUGGUUGCAGUAAAUAUUUUCUGUAGAAGCUCAUAAUUGUUAUUAACAUGUUCUUUAAGAUAUCUAAGCAUCUCUUCCAGUGGGCCAAAAGGUACUGAAUGACUAAUUACAGUGUAUAUAAUACCUUUCCUCCACAAAAUCAUUUCAAGAUGUUAUUGACAUAUAUGUAUAAAAAUUGCAUUUCCUUGGUGAUAUUCUUUAAUAUUCAUACAAGGAGAUAAAGUAGUAUAAUAAAUCGCCAAGCUGAGCCAGAAAGUAUAACAUUUAACAGACUCAUUUGUCCUGAAAUUAACUCAUUUAGAUAAAUUCAUCUGAUAAAUUCUAGACAGAACAUCUUUCCAGUUUUUUGCAUUAAAAAAAUUAAAACUGCUGGUUGCCCUGUUGGGAGAAUGUCCAUGUAUUGAUGGGCUGUGUAUAAAUAGCAGCUCCCCAGGGCUGUUCCAGGAGGGAAGGCAGCAUGGUACAGCCUGAUCUUCUCAGAUCUCAGAAGCUAAGCAGGGUCAGUACUUGGAUGGGCGACUACCAGGGAAGACUGCAGAGGAAGGAACUGGCAAACUACUCUGCUUCUCACUUGCCUUGAAAGUCUCUUGUAGGGGUCAGCAUAAGUCAGUCGUGACUUGACUGCCCAUAUACACAAACACAGGGCUAUUUCAGGUUGGGAAAAUACCUUGGGUGAUGAGAAAGCCUUAAGUCUUCUCUCCGUGUGUGCUAUGGUCCCUGUUUGAACUGGGCCUCACCAUGCCUGGAAACUCCCAGUACACAUCUGAUAUGACUUGGGGUAGGAUGGACACACCAGUUAGGUGUGUUUAGGUUCUUUUCUGUGCCUUUUCCAGCUUUGUACUGUUAUUUUUGAGAACAGGCAGCCACAAUGUUGUGCAGCUUUUAAAAAAGUGUUUCCCAAUGAAGGUUCCGUGGAACCUAGAGUUCCAUGAGAAAUUGUGGAAUACAUUAAAAAAAGUAAACCUUUUAUUGGCUUUGGCUGUAAACUGUAUUUUGUUAUUUAAGUAAACUUUAUUUUGAGUCAAUAUUUUGAAUUCAAUAUUUUGAUAUUGAAAAAAUAUUAGAUAAUACAAAACAGACAGGAAAAAUGCUUCACUUUUUUCUUAUAUUAGCUGAUACACACAUAGCAGGUCUUUAUAAAUACAUUUUCUUGGAAAUGGAAAAAAGUUUGGGCAACACUGUUUUAAAAGGUGGCUCCCCCAUAGAUUAAUAUUGCAAUGUAACAAUCCAUUUUAUUUUCAGUUCUUUAUCAUUCCCUGUGUGCAGCACGACUCCAAAGGGCAUGGUAGGAGAGAGACACGGUAAGGACCAUCACUGCUGUAAAUAUUGAUGGACCAUAGAGUCACUCCUAUUGCUACAAGUAUGGUCCUACUGGGUUAGUUCCUAUGUUGUUUAAUGCAUCAGUCAUAGAUACGCUCCAUUUCAGCAUUCCUUCACCUCUGUAUUAGAUUUCUGCUGGUUUUUAACUCUGCAAAUUUGCAUGUAUAUACCCAUUACAUGUUUAUUGAAAUGUCUUUGAUAUUGACUGUACUGACUCACACUGUGUAAUCUGCCUUGAAUCUCAGUGAGAAUGAAGGACAAUAAAUAAAUAAAUA